UUGUUAUUGCAUGAUUGAAAGGAAUAAACAUGGACACAUGUCACCGAUUAAAGUCCUGUAACCUUCGUGAUGCGGUCACUGGUGUCGCAAUUCGUGAGAUGUGAUGAGGGAUUGUAAGAAGGGCUACACCAACAUGGAAGCUUGAAAGAAGAUAGCGACCAUGUCUUCAGAUGGGAGCGGUCCACACUCGGACAGGGAUCAUCAGGAGUCUGGUUCGAGGCACAAUCCAUCAGAGUCGAGUCGCACCAGCCAGCCAAGCUCUGCCGGCAUCAUCAACCCUGGUUUCAGUGAUCCUGACCGCCAUGGCCCAGGUCCAAUCCAGACGCGCAAUCUUCCAACUGGUGUGUCAGCUCCAUUGUCUGAUCUUCCAGACAUCCUGAACUCGACACUCCCGCCAUACACAUCGCCUGAGCACACCCUGACACGAGGUGGCCAGGUCAUAAACAGUCGAGGGAAUGUGAGACGGAGCUUCGGCCGGCCUCCUCGGAGAAGCAGACAACACGACGUGCAUCAUCCGCGUGACCAUUACGUCCUUGAGGACGACCUUGAGGAACUCUGUGAUAAAAACUGCUGCACUGCUUGCCUGACGAUAACGACUCAAUUCAAAUGGAUCUUGGUGCUGUUGGCGAUUGUUGGAUUAUGUUGUGUCGUUACGGGCAUUAUCCUUGGUGCUCUUCAUAUGACUGGCUCAAGCUUCCUGACCCUCUCUCUUAUGUUCAUUGGUCUUGGUGUGAUGUUAGUGAUUGUUGUCAUCAUCGGCUGGAGAUGCACACCGUCAGGUCAUGAACCAUGCCAUCUCUUAUUCAACUUGGGCGAGUACUCUCAUGUCCAUCAGCGGCGAGGGGGCCGCCAUCGCCGGAGAAGUGGCAACAAUACCAGGAAUAGACUCACUAACUGGUCAGGAGGAGUUAUCUAUGGUGACCAUCGUCGCCCACCACCUCCGAGCUAUGCAGCCUCUAUGCAGGACUAUGAACGUCAGAAUGCCGGACGCCAACUUCCAAAUCCAGACAGUCUUCCAAACUCUCCACCACCAACAUACAAAUCUCAGGCAAGCUUACAGCGUCCUGGCAUCCAUAUCACAUUCCCGCACAUCAUUGGAGGAGAGUACCCGACAUCGCGGCCUCCGACGUAUCGGUCACAUCAUUCCAACGUCAUAUCACAUUCCAGGCAGAUAUCAUUUGAGUCAGAAUUGCCAGUCUCGUCUUCAGAAAAUCCAUCAGCAACGACAGAUAGUUUGUCGUCUGUGAAUGGUGCUCCAACAGCAACAGGGACUUCAGGGAGUACAACAUCAUCCAGAAAUGGUGCUAAUACUUGCAAUGGUAGCUCCUUGCCAAGUCGAAGUAUCCUGAAACAAACAAACAAUUCAACUCCUCCGCAAAAUGAACCUGGGCCAAUGUCGGAUAGACAUGGUCCCGAUUCGGAUCAAGCUGAGAUUACUGUUACUCAGACACAACCAGAGGGGUCAUCUCCUGGUGGAACGUUGGACACUGGCUCUAUGAUGCAAUAUGCUGGACAUUACGGGACAGCUGAGCGCAAUGCUGUCGAGUGUCUUGAGGAUAUCCUCGAUACAACUAUGCGAGAUAUGAACGUUCAGUAUCAAGCUGGGACGCUGCGUCCUGGAUCUGUAUCAAACAAAUCAGAGGACGUACAGUCAUCAAAUGGUGCUAGAGACAAUGGUUCCGCUGCCGAGCAAGAUCGUCAACGUGCUGGACGGUCAGCUUCUGCUACUCUUUGUAGGUCAAAUGUAGCAGUGCAGGGUUCAUCAGGGCCAUUAGAGGUCAGUGUGGAUAAUCAUAGUAGACAGCAUUCAGGACCAGCUCAAACAAAUCAUCACUCUGCCUACUCGAGUGGUUCACAUGUCACAAAUGGCAGUCGGUCUUCUCAGACUUUACCUCGAUUAAAUCACCAUGGUCACAGUAAUUCGGCUUCGACAGAUGUACAAAGAAGUGAGUCCAGUUUAAAUCCUUUUGGAACAUCAUCGACUUUACCAGUUUGUGGUAAACCACCGGUGUAUCCUGACUCGGAGACUUUACGCAUGGGAAGAAGCCGCCAUGGUACUUCCCUUGUAGCGAGUGUUCAAGCUGCAGCUGCUAAUAUGUCCCCUCGAGACGUGCACGUAACAGUUGAACCAGCAGGACAAUGUUCAGAUCCAUUUGAAUCUGAACAGGAAGUGAGGACUACAUCUGUAGUGCUCCAGUUGGCCGCUGAAUCCCCGAUGAGAUUUGAAAAGGAUCAGGAAGGUGUUCAAACUUGUUCAGCUGAUCCAGCAGCGGCAGUGAUUAGUGUUGUAGAGACUGAUCGUGUGCAGGAUUCAGGGAAACCAGAGUUGAGACGUGAGCGUGGUCAUGUGCGAGUGAACUCCAACUCUGGGCAAAGUGCUUUAUGAUACAUGAGAAUUUAGGUUUUAUUUGAUCACUGCGUUGCCAAGCAUUGGGAACCAUCUCAAAACACUCGAAUGCAUUAAUCUAAAUGAAUUCACAAACAGUUUCUCCAAAACAACCCACAAUGAAAAAAAAGAAAUUCUUGUCUUCAGUUUUUAUCUGUUGAUCAGUUAUUCCAAACCGAAUGGAGUCUUUCUUAGACGGGCCCAUUCCCCAAACAGAACUGAUUUAGUUAUUUAUUGUCAUCUGAGUAUCGUGAGAUGGUCCUGUCUACUUGGUUAUGGCAAUGCAUGUAGAUCUGCUCCUGGAAAUCAUUCCUGAUACGCAAGUCAGUGAAUAGGCUUGUUUUACUUCAUGGCUAUCCCUUAUUGAAUGAUUGACCUUUCAUUCUAAACUGAGAUUCUCCCAAUUGUGGCUUCUUUGAUUACAUAUUGGCAGCUUAUAGAAACCAAGGUUAGUUUUAGUUCUAAUGUAUUAUGGAUUUCAAACCAAAAACAUACCUUGUAUAUAAAUAUGUAUCUGAUAGUGCCUUUAUAUUGUCAUAAUCUUAACUGAUAAGAAAAAAGGGAUAAAACAUUUCUCGGUUUAUGCCUGUUUCGCCUAUUCCUGUUUCGCCUAUUCCUGUUUCGCCUACAAAAUUCCUGUUUCGCCUAUUCCUGUUUCGCCUAUUCCUGUUUCGCCUACUUUCCAGUACCCCUACAAUAAAUCGACUCUCCCACGGCCACGGGGAACCUUAGGGAUGCAUAUCCAUUUUAUUGGGAAAAUGUGAGGGGACAAUUGGAUGAUGUUAACGAUGUGAUGACAAUUUGACUAAUCAAAUGACAUCAACUUUGUUAUGCCAUGACCGUUUUGAAAGAGUCACCUUGAAAGCGGGGACAGUCCGGGACUUAUUUGACCAUAGGACCAUAGGACCAUACUGACACACAGUAAAAACUAAUAGAUUAAGUAGAGUAAAGCAGUCGUUUAUUUUAUGAAAACUGAAUUCAUGAGUUUUUGAUAAAAAUACAUAAUAUUGUACAUUCUCAUAAUUAUUUGAUCAAAAUCAGCUGUAAAACCCAUGUCAUAAUAUACAUGUAGGUACAGCACAUAUAAAGUCAAACAAGGUGGAAAAUACAUAUCAUGAUAUUAUGUCAGACAAGGUAACUGAUGGCAUCAACGUAACUCAUUAUGUCCCUCUCUCCAUUGACGUAUUGUUUCAAUGCGUACAUAUGUGGCUCUCCUCGGGUUUGGUCGGUCAGUAAGGGACGGUUCAUAUUCCUACGUCUGUGGGGAGGUUAGCAAUACAUUUGAAUAGGCGAAACAGGAAUUAGGCGAAACAGGAAUAGGCGAAACAGGAAUAGGCGGAACAGGAAUAGGCGAAACAGGAAUACACCCAUUUCUCAUGGCAUUCAUAGAAAGAAAAAAAUUAGAUUAUUUUAUUAAGCAUGUCAUUGUAGGUCAAUUUUAGCUUUUCGUUUUAUCACUGACCUGUGAACAACUAUUAAAUUUCCGAAACUUAAAAUAAAUAUUUUCAGUUUCUAGGUACAGUGACCGCAGUUUUUCCAGCUGUGGCCCUGUACCCAUGGAAUAAAUUGCCACCAGCCCUCUGGGCAGAAACAAGCAUUGAACUGUUCAAGAGACAGUUAAAAACGCUACUUUUCGACAAGGGGAGAAGGGGUGCUUUGAGCGACGGAAAGGCACGAUACAAGUGACUAUUUAUUAUUUAUUAUAUGUUUUUAAGGUUUCGGAAAAACACUACGAUUGGGCGUGUUCUCUUUUCAGUCACGUUUCUGUUGACGAGAGAAGACCUUUUUACCUUAUUUUGUUACUUUUUAAGUUUUUAUUGCUCUUCAUCAGUAUCAACAAAGAAAAGCUCAUUUAUGCAUCUGAUUUCUUUUCGUUGUUCGGUUUUAACUACUUUUUAGAUGUAAUGUAUUCCUUCAGUAACAAUUUAUGACCAUCACACUCUGUCAAGUCUUGUUCUUACUUUUCAAAUGGGCCGUGUGUCAUUUAAUAGUUCUUUGCUCACUUGUGUUUCUACUUAUAAAUACCCUGUAAUCAGUAUUCAUGUCUUUAGAGUGUGAUAGAUUUAUUGACUCGGUCUGUUGUAUAUAAAUGUGGAACUAUUCCAUUUGGAUGAACAUCUGCAUCUUUCUAUUAUGAAUGAUUGAAAAAACAAUUUUUUCCUUCUUCAGAAACAAUACCUUCAGAUGCGCUUCAUCCAGUGGCUCUUAAAAAUAUUCAUCUCACAUUUAUAGUGUUAAUGUUUUCUGAUAAGAGGCACAGAUUAUUCAGGUCAUCAGCAGGUAGAUCUAACUUUACCUCAAGCAGUGUCUUUCCUUCCAAUACACAAUUCUACCUGCUUGUAGACUUUUUAUUUGAUUGUAAUGCCAUGUGAUAGGAAGUACUGGGAACCAGUUUCAGUAUGUGACCUAUCACAUCAGGUGUUGGAGUUGCCAGGCCUGGUACAAUCAGGUGUUGGAGUUGCCAGGCCUGGUACAAUCAGGUGUUGGAGUUGCCAGGCCUAGUACACUGGCAAAUGUGCCCAACAUAAAUUUGGCGAAAAUCCCACACAACAUAAGUUUUAUGUUUGCCCAACAUUGAUUCUGUGUUAGGAGCUCCAACAUAAAUUCUAUGUUUUGCAGGACUUCAAAUUCUAGUUAGGAGUAACAACGAAUUCAUGUUGAAAUUUUUCUAAAAAAUGAAACUUUCCAAAAAUUAUUUUUAUGGAAAUUUGAGAAAUUUCGAAAAUAUUACGAGAAAAAAAGAAAAUUACCACAAAAGUUCUUGUUUCUUCAUAUCUUGGAAAUUUGAAAAAUUACUUUUUCAAAAAAAUUUCCUUCAAAAACUAAUUUGAACAUAACUUUAUGACUUAUGAUUAAAUGUUGUGUCUAUUUGAUAAUUGGGAAAUAGGGGGUUGAAAUCUGCAACGCGUUAUCUUGUGUUUGAGAUAAAAAGUGUUGGUGUCAUUUUUGCAAGUAAGAUACAUUCCAUACUUUUUCCAGAGAUCAUGCCAUACAGAGGUGUCAAUUACAGCACAAGUUAAAUUCUUUGCUUUUCUUUGUCAACUAAAGUGCAAAUCAUGAAAUAGAAUUAUGAAAAUUGUAAAUUAGUUGGCUGAGAUGUCAUGUUUCUAUUUGAAAUGAACUGACUAGUUGUACAAAUUGCUGGUGUAUGAAAUACUUUUUUACUAUCUUUUUAGACAUUUUUUUCUAUGCGCUGUUGUGAUGUAUUAAUGUAAAUGUAAUGGUACUCCAGGCGGUGCCUGCUUGCACACUCCAGGCAAUGGCUGCUUGCACGCUCCAGGCAGUGUCUACUUGCAUGUUUCAGACAGGUCUGCUUGUAUGCUUCUUUGUAAAUCCUUUUGCUCAAUGUUUAAAUCAUGUGGUGCAUGACAUCAAAAUCAAUAUUUUUUCUCUCUAAU